AUGUCGAGUGUCGUGUUCAACACAAAUCCGAGCGCUAAGGGCAACAGCAUCAGCAUCAACGCCAGCAACGAUCUAUUUCCUACCACAAUUGGUGGGGCCACAAAAAUGUAUCGCUAUCAGCACAUUAUGCCUGCCCCAAUGCCCAACGAUCAGAGUCAGUCCACAACUGCUCUGACGACAGCGAUGGGUGGCAUUGGCAUUAAGACGCGCAAGUACUCGCCCCGUGGCAGCUCUAGCGGCAGCAGCAGCAACAACAGCAGCAGUGGCGGCAUUGCCGUACACAGUGGCAACAACGGAGGCGGUGCACCCUACAGCGUGGAUCAGUCGCAAUCUGUGCAGCGCCGCAACGCCCGUGAGCGUAAUCGUGUCAAGCAGGUGAACAAUAGUUUCGCACGAUUGCGCCAGCACAUUCCACAGUCCAUCAUUGCUGACCUAACCAAGGGCGGCGGACGCGGACCCCAUAAAAAGAUAUCCAAAGUGGACACGCUGCGCAUUGCUGUGGAGUACAUACGCCGACUGCAGGAUCUGGUCGAUGAUCUGAAUGGUGGCAGCAAUGGCGGCAGCGCCAACAACUCCCUGCCCCUGCCCAUCAGUAGCUUGUGCCAUGAUGAUGACGACGAUGACGACGACGAUGAUCUGAUCAGCAACAAUAGCAGCAGCAGUAGCAGCCUAAGUGCCAGUUCCAGCUCCUUCAACACCAUCACAACCAGCACCAGUGCAGCCACCACCGUUGGCAGUCAACCAGCCACAACCACAUCCAUGCCCCUGCCUCUGUAUUACAGCAGCACCUUGGCCGCCACACCACUCCAGCAGCAACAGCAACUGACGCGGCAGCAAUUUCCCAAUCAUCCACUGACGCCCAUCUCCCUCAAUGCUUACUCGCCACCCACUCAGGUGAACAGCAUCGCCGUCGGCGCCACCCUCGAAACUGCGGGCUGCCAUUCGCCGACAUCUUCGUUCAACUCCAGCAUGUCCUUCGAUUCCGGCACCUAUGAGGCGGCACCACAGCAGCUGUCCCCACCAGCCGCCCCAGGGGUCGAGGCGCAUGCGCAACAAUCUCCUUUGGAUGCGCACUUACAGCUGAAGUUCGAGCCCUACGAGCACUUCAAUCUGGAGGAGGAGGACUGCACACCGGACGAUGAGGAAAUACUCGACUAUAUCUCUCUGUGGCAGUCCCAGUAG